GUUACGCAAGACGUCAUGUCAGCCAAUGGUGAUGUGCACACCUUCUAUAGCUCCACCCCAACAGCUUAUAAUAACUCCCUCUGCACGGCUUUGCAGAUCCACACAAAGGAGUUCAGCUCUACGCGGAGAAACAAGAACAAAAUGAGUAUCAGCCAGUUACUGAAAAAGCCUUCAGAUGGGGAUAAAGAAAUGAAUCCAGAAUAUCAAGUGGUCACUAUGCAGCCGGAAGUUAAUGUGAUCAUCACUCCACUGGAUAACCCACCAGAUUACAUGCGUUUCUCCAUCUUUUCCACGCUGUGCUGUUGUUUACCUCUUGGCCUUGCUGCUCUGGUUUUUUCAAUCACAACUCAAAAUGCAAACCUGUUUGGACACCGACAAAUUGCAUACAAAAACUCCAAAAUGGCACGCAAACUUAACCAUGUCAGUCUUGGUAUUGGCAUUAUAAUAUAUUUGUUGGUUAUUGGCCUUGUGAUCUAUUUUGGGAUCAGGGUUGUAUUAGCAUGUUUGUUCUUUUUGGUGUUGAAAUUAUUAAGCCUUUAGCUUAAGAAAGUAUGAACACACGUUAAUGGCCCAUAUUGGCAUUAAGUUACUGUCAUACAACUGCCAAGGACUGCGUGUGGGUCAGUGUGUUGGAGAAAGAGCCCAUUGUAAUGUUGUUAAACUUUUGGAUGACUGUGGUAUUUUAUACUUGCAAGAUUUUUUUUGAAACAAUGAAAGCUUUGAUUGUCAAACUAAAUGUAUGAUAAGGUAAAAUGUUUUGUGUCAAUAUUUUAAAUAUAUAUUGUAUAUACAUUAACGCUUAGUGUAUGAUGAAUAACAAAUGUAUUCACCUUUCAUUCUAAUCAGAUAUAUGGAUUUUCUGCAAUGGCUUUAAAAAAAACUCUCCCUAUGUUUUGGGUUGUUCAUUUAACUUUUCUAUAACAUUUCCGCAAUAGCACUAUGUAAACAUUGUAUUUAUAAACAUCUAGUUUCAAUAAAGGUC